AGCAUACGUUAUCUCUUGGUUUGUUUGUAUUAUUAGAUUUAAAAUGAGAAUACAUUCAUAUUUAUAUCCCAUACAUCAUAACACUGAUCCACGUAUGUAUCUGUUUACAUUUACUGUAUUCAUACCUAGCUUCUCGUACGCGCGAUUAAGGUCACUCGAAUAUCACAUUGACUGUUUCCGAAAAUUUCUCACUGUUUGCACGGCAUUCGCCGUGAACGGAUUUGGUACAACGGUGGCAUCUGUAAUCAAAAUUAAACCAUGAAACUCCUCUUUCUAUUUCUGGUGAGUUAUAGCUCUUUGCAGUUACUUUCCGUGCAUGCGACAGACGUGAACGAAUAUCUAAACGAGAAACUACGGCAGUCCAAAAUAGAAUUGAUCAAAAUUCACAUUCAAGAGACAUCGCCGGUGCAAGAAAAAUCAUAUCGAGUACAUUGGAACAGAGAAUGGCGCUUACCAAUAACGAGCGACCAUCAACCGUUUAUAAUAGAUAUGUUGGAUGGAAUAUUCAUACUCGAUAGCAAUCGUGUAAUAGCAGCCUCUCUCAAUAUGACUCCCUGGAAUGAGACUUAUGUUACGUUACGCGAGGUUUAUCAGAUCAGAAAGGAGUUUGUCGUUAAAUUUGUUAAGAGUAUCGUGUGGAAGGGCACUACCUAUUUGCUAGUGUGUUACGAGCCUAGUCUGUGCAGUCUUCACACGGUGAAACCAAAUCAACAGUUGCGGUUUCGCCACACUAUUGGACACGGAGGAUCUACCCCCGUAGAUGCUAGAUUUUUCACACAGGCAGAUCGACUCUAUCUCAUCAUCGCUAAUAACGCUGACAAAUUUCCCGUACCAUCCGUAAUCUACCGAUGGAGCGGUACAUAUAUGGACGUCGUCAACGAGGUGAUGACAAUCGGCGCGAUCUCGAUCACCGCGUUCGAGUACCGACUAUCGACGAUCAUUGUGUUCGCCCAGAGCAUUGCAGAAAAUCCAUGGAUCAAUUCCGAGGUUUACGAAUUCAAAGACAGCAACAUCGUGAGGAUACAGUUUCUGUCCACUGCACGACCGACUUCGGUACAUCAUUACGUCCAUGGUGACUUCAACUUCGUUCUGAUGAUAAAUGCCUUGGGGCUGAGCGAUGUAUUCUGCUGGGACGGAGGAGAAUUGCUGGAUUGGUUCAAUCUUUCUGACAUCGAAUCACAUAGCUUGAUAAAUACUUUUCACAUGGACGGCAAUACUUUCAUUGUUGUCGCGCACGAUAAUAUCAUCCAGUUGUACAAAUUUCACAGUACGUCUGUUUGGAAGAGCGAAAAUGUUAAACGCUUUAAAUAUAACCAGAAGAUAAUCGAUAUGAUGGUCACGAUAAACGAAUAUACGAUGAAUGUAACAUUGAUCCUUGUAGAAAAUAAUCUAUACUGGAUGGAACAAUGGCAGGCCGAGAUAACUUCGGUACCAGUAGAUAACAAAGUAGAAGAUACCGAUGCAACAAGGAAAUGCUUGUCGGACUUGAUUAAAACAUUACAAGCGAGAAUGCCGGCCAUAAAAGAAGCUGAAGCUUCCUGGAAGUUUCUCUUACCAUCUUCGGAGAAUUUGACAAUUUCAGAACCAGUGAAUUUCGACAGUGUGAUUUUACAGUCCGGCGUGGUGGACAGCAUAGAGGUUGCGACUGAAGAAGUCAUCCUGCCACCUUAUCAGAUUGUGAAAGCUCUGGAUGAGCUUGAUCGCAAUGUCCACGACGUCAUUCAGGCAAGCCGUGCGAAGUGGCAGCAAGAGGCGACUGCGGAUAUGUUGGAAGCGUUCAAGGAAAAAAUUAUAGCUCAUGAUGUAUAUCUAGAAGAGUUGGUGAUUGAUCAAAUGCGCGUGGAUUUCAUAAACGACAUGGACGUGCAUUCAGAGAAGAUAAUCCUGCCGGACGGUGAACAACAUUUUACACAACCGUUACGUGCAAAAAAUAUCAUUGUACACGAUCUCGAAGUUGAGGAUCUUUGCGGAAUACCGCCUGAAUAUUGGAUGUUACGAAAUGACGAAGAAAUCGCGUCUGCCAUUCCAAACAACUCCAUCGAGUAUACAAACGACACCGUUAUACUGCAUUCCGACUUAACUGUGUCGAAGUUGAAGAUCACAAGCUUGAACGGGACAAACAUUGAUCGAUUGAUCGACGAUCUAUUCAUCAUUAACCAUAAUCAAAAAAUCAAAGGUACAAUCACCUAUACGAACAUGCUGAAGAUUCUAAAUCUUACGGCACAAAUGGUGAAUGGUGUUUCCGCUGAUAAACUCAUGACAACGACAACCAAUCAGAGCUUCGACGAUUUCUAUGCGAAAAAGUUAUACAUUGAAAAUCUGUCUGCAGAAACGAUUAAUGGGAUACCAAUUGAGGAAGCUGCGCGAAAGUCUCGCGAGAACGUUAUUAAAGGCAAAUUAAAACUUGCGAAACUGUGCGUCACUGAGAAUCUCGUGAUAGACGUGAACGAGUCUAUGAUAGAAAUACCUGAACAGUUUCAAAUCUACCAAGAUGUCACGCUAUUGGGUGAUCUACAUGUGCAAAACAUUCAGAUCGAGGACAAAGCAAAAUUCUUCCUGGAAGAUAUCCCAGUAAAGAUGACUGACAUAUUUGAUCGAUACUGGACAAAAUCCACCGAUCAGUCGAUCACUGAAAAGAUCACUUUGGAAGCCGGCAUCACUAUCGAUAAACUUGAUACGAAGUAUCUGAACGGUUUCGCGGAGAGUGACUUUCUAUACACCACGAUGGAGGAAAUACCAAACGAUUUCACUAAUCUGCGCUUCGAAAAUUUCCAUGUCGAUCAGUUCUUCCACGAGAACGGUCCCAAUGACAGUUUCUUCGAAAUUGAACCAAAUUCAUUAACAAUCCGAGAAAAAUUGCAUGUGCAGACUCUCCGAGCGAACGAUAUCAUUACUCUGGCUUUCAACGGUGUCAGCGUUGACGACAUUAUGAACGAGACUCGUCUGAACUUCUCAGGAACUGUGGAACUUCCAGCUGCUCGAGCACGUCGCGUGUUCGUCGACAAUCUCAACGUUCACUUACUCAAUCAUCGCGAGGUCUUCUUCGAGUACGGGCUUCGCAUCGAUGAUGAUCAUCAUCUGCCAAUCUUAAAAGUACCAGAGUUUCACGUACAAAACUUACAAGUAGGGAGAAUAAACGAACUCGAAAUGAUUCUGGCGCAAUUGGAGAAUUCAAUGAGUUCUGAUCUGAACAAAUUGAUCAUCGACGGUGACUUGACGGUGAAGAAUCUGAUAAUCGACCAAGUGGACGGGCAAUUGACCGAGAGCUUCUUGGAGAAACUGUCGCAAAACGACAUCGUGAUACCGUCGGAAAAAAUCCUCGAUGACUUGAUUGUUCAGAAUAUAACGCUGCAAUCUCUUUAUGGACGGAACUUUGACGAUUUCAUCGCCAGCGUUCUCUUGAAAUCAAAGGAACAAACAAUAACAGGACAUUUCUCCGCUCACGUUAUCAUUUCCGACAACGUCACUACGGAUUUCAUCAAUCAACGAAACGUAUCGCAAUUGAUGUGGGUGGACGAGCCUCUAACCAUCACGGGCAACGUCACGUUCUCCGAUCUGUUCGUCGACGGCGACGUGAUUACUUCAAAAGUGAACGGACGCGACGUACGCGAGCUAUACGACAGUUUAUUCUACAUUCCCGCAAAAAAUAUCAAUCUCUUGGAAGUACACGGAAAUAUUUCCUGGGACUUGCCAUCAACUAGUCCUGCCUCUCUUUCUUACCUGUUAAAUAACUCUGUGACUAAAGAUGGAGACCAAGUUAUCACAGGAGAAGUGAGCUUUGCGAAUGAUGUUCGCGCGUGGGCGGUCAGCGGUAAUUAUAGUGAAAUCGAGCGAAUUCGACACAUAGUAUCGGACGCCGCGAUGAAAGACGAACUCAUCGAGAUUAAAGGAACGAAGUUUUUCGAGGAAGAUUUUGUCGCGCAAAGUUUAACGGUAACCGGCGAUCUGGGUAUCGCCAGGAUCAACGACGUGAACAUCCUCGAGUUCAAUGAUUCUGUCGUUAGACAGAAUUGCGAAGACACGAUUGUUGGUCCGUUGACAUUCCUCGCGGAUGUUACGGUCGAAAGACUUUACGUGAACGACGCCGACAUCAACGCAUCCGUUAAUGCGGCGGUUCGUUCCACGGACGUUAUGCCGGACAACAUCGUCUUCGAAGAGCUCGAGGUGCUGGGCGACGUGUACCUAGAGAAUUUGGACAAUGUAAACUUUGAUGAGUUUGUAAAGGAUCGUGUUACCCUCAGUGGAAAUCAUGACAUCUGGUGCGACGUGAGUUUUAACGGAGUCGUUACGGUAACAGGCAAUGCAAAUAUAGGAAAAAUUAAUGGGAUUUAUCCGUCUGAUUUUGUCUUAAAUGAUAUUGACGAGAUGCAAAUGAUAAAUGGCGUUAAAACUUUCAAGGAAGAUUUGAUAAUCGAUGGAAACGUUGUUGCGCCACGAAUUAAUAAUAUUGACGUAAUAAAAGAAUAUCACGCCGGCGUACAAAAUAUCGAUGAAGAUGUCGAAAUCUUUGGUGAUCUCAUUUUCAAGACAAACGUUCGAAUUCAAAACCUAAGUACUUCUGGUUUGGUGAACGGCGUGAACCUACGUUCCAUCAGCAACAAUUCCCAAGAAAAGAUAAAUGAAACUACGAAGAUCAUGGAGGAACAAUGGAGAAUAAUCGAACAAAAUCUUGAUUAUAGUUUCCAAAUGUCCGAAACCUUGCGCAAUGUCUUUUUCUAUUUAGAGGAGGAAAAGGAUUUGAAGAUACCUGGGACCAAUGUCAGUAAGAUUGACGUAAUAUAUUUAGACGAGAGCACGACCAGAUUGAACAUGUAUAGCGAGCAGCCCGGAAAUUUUUGCGGACUACCAGACAAUUGUUCGUGUAUGUAUCAAUCUGUGGUUGAUCUCGUUAAGUUCGGCAACGCGAACAGAACUAUGCGAAAGUGGCAAUUGGAUCCCAGGAAUAUCGUAAAGAACUUUCACGAUCCGGAUGAGAUGCUCGGCGUGAACGUGAUGACAAACGCCGUUUCUAGCAGCAAAGAAUGUACCUCGAUGGGAACCAGUUCAGAGUACACUACAAUUUCUUUAAUGAAGUCAGAUCUUAAAAUAAAUCACGAAGAUUUCUUGUAUAAAGUAGAAGGAUAUUUGAAAGAUGCCAAGAUCUUUAAGCAUGACGACAAUCUGUAUAUAGUUUUGGCAAUAUAUUAUGAUAAGGUACGCACAACGCAUCGCGCAUAUACCUUGCUUUAUAGAGUGCAUUUAACGAGAAACGCAACAUUAGUGCAAUCAACGAGAAACGCAACAUUAGUACAAGAAAUUCCUACGGAUGGUGCUUGGUCCAUCCAGAUCUUCAAGAUUGAUCACGAAGUAUUUCUUCUGAUCGGUUGCUUCAGCGAGUCUUCGGAUUCUUCAUUAUACAGAUUCGAUCCGACAAUUGAAAAGUUCAAACAGCUGAGGACAUUUGCAACCAGGAGCCGUUACGUGAAAAGUCUGUCGCAGGGAAAAGAUCAUUUUGUUUUGCUGGACAAUCCUGAUACAAACGCCAUAAACAUUUACAAAUACAAUCCCAAGUCUCGCAAUUUUCACAAUUAUCAAAGCAUUUUUCAUAGUCAUCAGAUUAAUGGGAUUGAAUGUUUCUAUACCGAUGAUUUUGGCAACAGCGAUGUGUUUCUAAUUGUUACGACGCAAAGUGGAUGGUUUUAUGUUUAUGAAUAUAUGUUUGCAGGGAAAUUCCAAAUAAAAUUGCAGCACGUUGUGGACGGUUUACGAACGAUGGUACCAUUCUAUUAUGCGAAAUAUCAUUAUAUUUUGGCUGGUACAGAUGAUAAUAAUAUAAUCUUCCGUAUUGUAAAACAGGGUCCACAUUAAUGCAAUAAUUAUUAAAAAUUGGCAUAAAAAUUUUGUAUAUAUUUAUAUACAUAUUGUUGAAUAUUUAUAUAUUAUUGUAUUUAUUAUAAAUCAAAAAAAUAUGAAAAACCAUUAACUUGACUGAUUAAAAUUGUAACACACGGCGGUAGUGAUUACAAUUAUUUAUUCUUACUCUUUUGUAUUCUUAAUUAUUUCUAAUUAUAAUGUAUUUGUUGAAUUGUA